AUGGUUGGCCAACAACGGCCUGCCUCCGGCCUUCCAACGAGAAGGACCGGAUUGCGCCAGCCUGUCAAACGAACAGGUUCAGCUGCGAUUAACAGAGAGGCAUCGCCCGCUCUCUCAACGAGACCUUCGACGACCAGCGCGUCACGACUCCAGCGACCGACCCCUGAGCAGAGCGCGACGAAAAGAAAGGAGCCACCCCAGCCGGAGCGCAAAUCCAGCGAUGACACGAACAUCCACGUCGUGGUGCGUUGUCGCGGACGCAAUGAUCGUGAAGUCAAGGAAAAUAGCGGGGUAGUCAUCGAGACUGAAGGUGUUAAGGGGAAGACCGUUGAGGUGUCGAUGGGGCCGAAUGCCGUCUCAAACAAAACGUACUGCUUCGACAAGGUGUUCUCGCCUGCUGCCGACCAGGCGACCGUGUUCGAAGAUGUAGCGCUUCCGAUCGUGAAUGAGAUGCUCGAAGGAUACAAUUGCACGAUUUUCGCGUACGGCCAAACAGGUACCGGAAAAACGUAUACUAUGUCUGGUGAUAUGACUGAUACCCUGGGGAUUCUGUCCGAUAACGCUGGUAUUAUUCCGCGAGUGCUUUACGCCCUUUUCCACAAACUGGAGGACACCGACAGCACGGUCAAAUGCUCCUUCAUUGAGCUGUACAACGAGGAACUGCGUGAUCUGCUUGCCGUCGAAGAUAACGCAAAAUUGAAAAUCUUCGAGAAUGAGCGGAAGGGCGCUAUUGGAAGUACCCUCGUCCAAGGAAUGGAGGAGACCUACAUCGAUUCUGCUACGUCUGGUAUCAAGCUGUUGCAGAUUGGCAGCCAUAAACGUCAGGUGGCCGCGACAAAAUGCAACGACCUGAGUUCUAGAAGUCAUACGAUCUUCACCAUUACCGUUUUGACGAAACGCAUAACCGAAGCCGGCGACCAAUACGUCCAAACCGGAAAGUUGAACUUGGUCGACCUUGCUGGAAGUGAGAAUAUUCAGCGGAGUGGAGCGGAAAACAAACGCGCUGCUGAGGCAGGAUUGAUCAACAAGAGUCUGCUUACUCUAGGACGAGUGAUCAAUGCACUGGUCGACAAGAGCGGUCAUAUUCCCUAUAGGACUGACCUCAGUAGGGAAUCCAAAUUGACGAGGCUCUUACAAAACUCUCUCGGAGGAGAGACCAAGACGUGCAUCAUUGCGACCGUCUCACCCGCGCGAAGCAACUUAGAAGAGACAAUAUCUACCUUGGACUAUGCCUUCCGAGCGAAGAACAUUCGGAACAAACCACAGAUCAGCACAGUCACGAAGGAUAGGAUGCUUCGCGAAUUCGCUAGGGAGAUUCAGGAGCUGAAGAGCGAUCUCAUUGCCACCAGACACCGCAACGGUGUUUAUAUGGCUGAUGACACAUACGAGAAAAUGAUUAUGGAGAACGAUUCGAGACGGAUUGUCAACGAAGAACAGCGGGCAAAGAUCGAGUCCAUGGAAUCGAGUCUUCGACACAAGGUUCAGGAAUUGUUUACUCUGACCAGCAACUUCAAUGACCUGAAGCAGAACAACGAGAAAACCUUGCGCAAGCUUAGCCAGACCAACGACGUCCUCGAGCAAACCGAAAUUGUUCUGAAGGACACGCAGGAGCAGCUCGAGGAGGAAGCGAUGGUGCGCAAGGCGCACCAGAACACUGAGAAGCGGCUUUACGAAAUCGGCACCGGCCUUAUCUCUACAUUAGGCAAUACCGUUCAUGAUGUGGAUGGCCUGCACGCGAAACUGGAACGCAAGCAGCGGCUGGAGACCGACAACCAAGUGACCUGGCAGACAUCUACUACUGAAGUCUGUGAUGUCACUGAGCAGAUCGAUGCCCGCAUGCAAAGCUUCCAGAAUGAGCAUGCUAAAGUGCUGAGCGAGAUGUCGGACAAGAUUCGCCACUUUGUGGAAAGCGAGAUGAGCACUCUCGAGGAAGCCCGCUCUCAGGUCCGCAGUUUUGGUUCCUCGUUUGACAGAGUUGAAGCGGAGGCCAAACAGCAGACUUCUGGCGCGCACGAUGAGAUGAACAAUGUGCUUGAAGAGAUUAAGGUUCUUCGCGAGGACAUCAAGCUGAAAGUUGGAGAGGGACUCAAUGGUCUGUCUGCGGCAGCUGCGAGAAUUUCCAAAGAAGUCAUUGGCGAAUUCGCCGACUUCUACACCCAGCUCCACACGUCGUACAGCACUCUUGGCAGAGACUUCAAAUCCAUGUUCGAGAACAUGUCGAAGCAUAUUGAGGGCCAAAAAUUGGAGAUCGACCACCUGCGACGUCAACUUCAAGAAGCGAAUCGGGAGACAGUCGAGGCCAAUCGUAAGGCCUCUUCUAACCUGGCUCAGGUACUUGAAGAUGAAGAUGCAGCUGCACGUGCUGAACGUGAGGCUGUCAUGGCUCAAAUCCACAAACUCCUUGAAGAGUCCAACCAGCGGCAAAUCAAUCGUCUUAAGACCAAGUGUGAUGCGGUUCGCAACGAUCUUUCGUCUUCGGGAGAUUGUCUCGAACAGGCUACGGUCCACCACGAUCGGCAAAUCGAUGAAUGGAUCUUUAGAGAGGAACAGUUCGCUAAAGAUGUCACGGCUUCCAAAGAUGAGAUUAAGACUAAGCUCCAGAAAGACUGGGAGGCGUUUGACCAACGAAACGUGACGAUUCAGCGUGCGACGGAAUCUGUGCACCAGGAGACCGUACGAAUUGUGGACGCUCAAAUGAAAGAUGUCAGCCAGCAGCUGACAGCCCUCGAUGACUUCGUUGCCAAGGCGCGUUCUCACAAUGGCCGGUUCCAUGAAGCCCAUCUAGGCAGCUUGAACACCAUGUCCGAGAACGUUAAAGGAUCGUAUUUCGCCUUCGACGAAAAGCUGGGUGGUUUUGGUGAACAUAUCGAUCAGCUCCGGGAAGACGCUGCAAUGCACACAGAUAGCCUCGAGCAAACCACCGCACCGCUCCACAAGGACAUUCGCCAGCCGCUCUUGGACCUUAGAUCUGCCAUUCGAAACCGCCCCAUGAAAGAAUACAUCCCUACCGGUGUGACGCCACAGAAGCGCCGGUACGAGUACCCGUCGUCAUUGCCACGCACUGAAGCACACGACGGUCUGCGGUCCCGGCACCGCACUUCUAAGCAAUUCAGGGCUCUUCCUUUCAGUGAAGACCCAUCUCCUCUCCCGAGCUCCCCCUUGGCGUCGCCACCUAAACAGUUCGUGUAUAACGAUGCAACAGAAGCAGGGGCUCAGGCGUCCCCGUCUGCCAACACCAGAGUUUCCAAUGCCGGCUUGAAGGAGGCUGAAGGGGAUGCCGCCAAAUCCACAGAGAAGGAAGUCGAAGCAUCGCCAAGGAUCCCGAGCCCACGCGAGGCAACAGCAAAGGAGGAGCCUGAACAGCCACCUUUGAAACGACGUCGCUCCACUUCGACCAACAUCGAGAACAAGGCUGAGACCAAGCUGCCACAAAAGCGGGCCGCGAGGCGUAUGGCCGAGGGCCGUGAGAAUGUGCCCCCAACAGAGAUCGCUGGAGGCCAAAGAUUCAGAAACCGUACCUCUAAUUAG